ACCAGUUUGGCCAGUUUGCACUUUGUUUAUGGUCAUGUCUGACGGCUCAAUUCACCACGCUGUUCGCUUUUCGGACGUGACAAUCCGGCACAGUGUUGAAUUAUCCUCGACUGCGGUAUCGGUAGCAAGGGAAUUACGAUAUUGCAUCAUUGCUGCCGUACUGGGUUGGACCACAGCGUCUAUUGUGAGGAGUAUCCUUAACUUCCGCCGCCGACCGAGCUGAAACACGGUGUUUUGCCCGACUUUAUCGAACUCCCGUCUUGAUAGUAGAUGCCAAAACUCAUCUUCGAUUCCAAAGAGCGCCUAACACCUCUACCGUGAAGAUGCAGACCUCGCCACGCUCUUUGCGAUCCCUCCUGUGGUUGACUCUUGCGUCCUCUGUCGCCCGGGCUCAAUACCUUGUUGAGGGACUAAGUUUUGGAUAUGGCCCGAGCAUAUCUCGCGAUCAACGAACGAUAGAGGGCUGGCAAAUUUCAGGAGACGGUGAUCCGCCUCAAAUUCUCUCAGACCGUAUCGUCUUAACUCCACCCUACCCUGGCAAUCGCCGCGGUGCGCUUUGGGCAGUCAACAAGGAGCCCCAUACUGAGUGGACGGUCGACUUCGAAUUUCGAGCCACUGGCCCAGACCGCGGAAAUGGAAAUCUUCAACUUUGGUAUACCCAGGAAGGUUUGUCGGAAAUUGGCACGUCAAGCAUCUACACUGUGGGUAAAUUUGAUGGCUUGGCAUUGGUGUUGGACCCGUAUGGGGGAAAGGGAGGAAGUAUCCGCGGGUUUUUGAACGAUGGAAGCACAGAAUACAAGAACCACCAUAGCGUCGACUCGCUGGCAUUUGGCCACUGCGAUUAUCCUUAUCGGAACCUAGGACGACCAUCACACAUUCAGGUCAAGCAGACGUCGGAAUUUUUCCAGGUGGAAGUUGACAAUAAGCUGUGCUUCAAAUCAGAUAAGGUCCGACUCCCUGCAAACUACCGCUUCGGCCUUUCUGCAGCCUCGGCAGAGAAUCCAGAUUCCAUUGAAGUCAACAAGUUCCUCGUCACGACCACCUCCCCAACAACGCGCAGUGCAGAUGCGCCCAGCAAAGAGGAAGCUGCUACUCUUUUCCGCGACGAAGGCGAUCAAGCUGCUUCCUCGAUUUCGACCGACUUGCAGUUCGCCGACCUCCACAACCGUCUACAGCUCAUUAACCACCAGAUGACCAGGCUGUACAAGGAAGUCGCGUACAUAUCUUCCAAGGCGGAAGAGCGUCAUCUUGAGCUAAACAGCAAGAGCGUCCCUUAUGAGCAGUUAAACACGAUGGACAGAAGAUUACAGGCGAUCGAGAAUGUUGUUCUAAGAAUACAAAAAGAUGUUGAAGGCAAGGAUUACAAGGAGCACCUAACCAAGUUGCAGGAUGCUCUGAGAGAUACUCAUAGCAGUAUAGUGGAAAGCUUACCGCAGACUUUGAGCCACAUUGUGACGUCCUCGGCUCCUCGGAUGGGUCUACUCAUCUUCAUUGUCGUCGUUUUCCAAUUGCUGCUGGCAGCUUCUUAUGUCAUCUAUAAGCGCAGGCGCGCCAACGCUCCGAAGAAAUAUCUGUGAUUAGAUCGCAACACGGGACCCAUCAGUGGAGCACGCCCGCUUAAUGCAAGUCUCAAUGUCGCAAAAAAACUUUUGUAUAUAUAUCAUGUACGAAAACCAUAUGAUGUCAAUGUUCAUUUCAGCAGCAAUAGAG